AUGAGCGCUGGCAGUGGUAUCCUGAUUCGGGGUGGGAAGGUGGUGAAUGAGGACAGCUCGUUUCUUGCUGAUGUUUAUAUUGAAGAUGGGCUGAUCCAGGCUGUGGGCAUCAACCUGCCGAUCCCAAAAUGCGGGAGAGUGAUUGAUGCCACCGACAAACUGCUCCUGCCAGGGGGCAUCGACACCCACACUCAUAUGCAGUUCCCUUUCAUGGGGUUUCAAGCCGUGGAUGAUUUUUAUCAUGGAACCAAGGCUGCUGUGGCUGGAGGCACCACUAUGAUAUUAGACUUUGUGGUGCCCCACAAAGGUGACUCUUUGUUAGAGGCCUACGACAAAUGGAGAAGCUGGGCAGAUCCUAAAGUCUGUUGUGAUUACUCGUUCCAUGUGGCUGUAACCUGGUGGAGUGCAAAGGUGAAAGAUGAAAUGGAAAUUCUAGUCAAAGAGAGAGGUGUGAAUUCCUUUAAGAUGUUUAUGGCAUAUAAAGGUGUCUUUAUGCUUCAUGAUGAUGAGCUGUACCCUGUUUUCUGCCAUUGUAAGGAAUUGGGAGCAAUUGCUCAAGUUCAUGCUGAAAAUGGCCAUUUAAUAGUAGAGGGUGCAAAAAAGAUGCUCUCAAAGGGAAUCACUGGUCCUGAAGGUCAUGAACUUUGUCGACCUGAAGAAGUGGAGGCUGAAGCCACACAAAGGGCAAUUACUAUAGCCAGUUGUAUUAACUGCCCACUCUACAUAGUCCACGUAAUGAGUAAAUCCGCUGCUAAUGUGAUUGUCAAUGCACGGAGAGAAGGGAAGGUUGUCUUUGGGGAACCCAUUGCAGCCAGUCUUGGGACAGAUGGGACUCACUAUUGGGACAAAGAUUGGCGCAAAGCCGCAGCAUAUGUCAUGGGACCUCCACUAAGACCUGAUCCCACAACACCAGGCUAUCUCAUGGACCUGCUGGCGAACGGCGACCUUACUUUGACAGGAACAGACAACUGCACAUUCAAUGGUUGUCAGAAAGCCUUUGGAAAAGAUGAUUUCACAAAGAUUCCAAAUGGGGUGAAUGGUGUGGAGGACAGGAUGUCCAUCAUUUGGGAGAAGGGAGUGCACAGUGGUAAAAUGGAUGAGAAUAGGUUUGUGGCCGUGACCAGUACCAAUGCAGCAAAGAUCUUUAACCUUUAUCCCAGGAAGGGAAAAAUAGCCAAGGGAUCUGAUGCUGAUAUUGUAAUCUGGGACCCAUGUGCCGUCAGGACCAUUUCAGCCAAAACACAUCACCAAGCUGCUGACUUCAACAUUUUUGAAGGCAUGGUCUGCCAUGGAGUCCCUCUGGUUACCAUUUCACGAGGUAAAGUGGUGUUUGAAGAUGGAAUUCUUCACGUUGUGCCAGGGGAUGGGAGGUAUAUUCCACGGAAAUCCUUUGCAGAGUAUGUCUUCAAACGAAUCAGACAACGUGAUGAGGUUUGUGAGCCUAAACCAGUACAGAGAAAGCCAUACCAAGGAGAAAUAAUGCCACAGUGUCCAACUGCCAUACCUCCUAAUGAUGGAAGAGACUUACAUCAGUAAACAUCUACCAUUUCUGAUACAUAUGAAGCGAUUGCAAACACAUUUGCCACAGCUUUGUAUUCAUAAUUGUUGAAAUAUUGCAAGCCUGCAACUCCCAUCCUGGAUACUGAUGGAGGAGAAUCUGUAUCAAGAGUGCACAUCUGUAUAAUCUUCCUACAAUUCACUAUGUCCAAGUAAUUGUUGUGAAAGUUAUAUUUUUCUCACACGGUCACUCAUAGAACCACCAGUAGAGGUUUUUACUCUUAAUUUGUCAAUGCAUGUAAAUGGGUUUGGAAAACAUGACCUCCAUUUUAGACUGACUAAAUUUGUUCUAGUUGAAAAUUUAUUCCUUAAUUUAUAAAACCCCAUGAACAGGCUCACAGGAAUGUAAGUUCUGAUAUAUACCCAUUUACUCUUGGUAACCUUGAACCUUUUGUGUGCCU